UCCUUUCCUUCCUUCCUCAUUUCAUCCUUUCCCCUUCCUUCCUGUCUCUCCUUCUAUCCCUCUCUCUCUACUUCUCUCUCUCUCUUCAACCUUCCCUUCCUUUCCUUCUCUCCCUCUCUCUUGGCAUACUUCCUUUCCUUCUCUCUCUCUUUUAUCCUUCCCUUCCUUUCCUCCCUCUUUUCAUCCCUUCCCCUUUCUCUGUUUCUCCUCUCUCUCUACUUCUCUCUCUCUCUCUCUUCAUCCUUCCCUUCCUUUCCUUCCCUCCCUCUCUUUCAUCCUUCCUUUCUCUUCACUUUUCUCUCUCUCUCCUUCUGUCCUUCUCUAUUUUCAUCUCUUUUCAUCCUUCCUUUCUUUCCUUCCCUCUCACUUUUCAUCCUUCCUUCCCCUUCCCCUCUUUCCUUCAGUCGCUCUCUACUUUCUCUUUUCAUUCUUUUCUUCCUUCUCUCCCUUUUUAUCCUUUCCUUCUCUCCCUCUCUCUUUGGAUACUUCCUUUCCUUCUCUCUCUCUUUUAUCCUUCCCUUCCUUUCCUCCCUCCCUCGUUUCACCCCUUCCCCUUUCUCUCUGUCUCUCCUUCUGUCCCUCUCUCUCUCUCUCUUCAUCCUUUCCUUUCCUCCUCUCUCCCCCUCCCUCUCUCCCUCCUUUCCUUAUCUGCUCUGCUUGGGGACGUCUUCCCAGCAGAUCAAUGGAGCAGCCAGCCUGAGAGUGGCCCUAUUAUGGGAUGGCGCCUUCCUUCCUUCCUGCUGGACCCAGGACUUUCUCUCUUUCUCUCUCUCUCUCUUUCCAGGCUCAGGGAAAGGCAUCCCUCUCCCUUUCAAAGGGGAGAAAACCAGCAAGAUUCGCAUCAACGCUGGAAAUAAAUUGGCUUUUUCUUCCUUUUGCUUCCAAGGCAAACAAAGGCGCAACAAUUCCAUUCCUGGAGGGAUGCUGAUGGCUUUUUUGGGGGGGAUCUCCCUCUGAAAGGCCAAACAGCUGGAACUUUGUUUCCAAAAGCAAGAGGAAAACAAAUGGAGACUGUAAGAGACAGAUGGAGCUGAAAGGCAUAAGGGUUCGCGGAGGAGAAGGCAGGCUCCUCUUAACUUGGAAUACAAGGCCCAUUGGGACUGCUCUCCCGGCCUGAGACGCCCCUUUCCCUCCGGCCUGUCUUGACCCUCGGAUCCAGGGCAUCAAUGGCCAAGUGGCUGAAGGACUACCUGAGCUUUGGGGGCCGGCGGCCUCCCCCACAGCCCCCCAAGCCGGACUACAGCGAGAGCGAGAUCCUCAAAGCCUACCGGGCCCAGAAGAGCUUGGACUUCGAAGACCCCUAUGAAGAUGGCGAGGGGAAACCUGAGGCUGACCCUGGGGGCUCCCCCAACAAGCCACCCCCCAGCGUCCCUUCGGAGGGGAAGUAUGGCUCGCCCAAACACCGGCUCAUCAAAGUGGAUGCCGCAGACCUCAACAAGAGUAAGGCGCUGCUGGAUGAGGAGGUGACAAACCAGCCAGACCAGCCCCCCGGAGAGAGCGAAUACUCGGAUCCAUUUGACGCGCAACGGGAGGCCAAAGAAGAUGGCGAGGAGGAGGUGGCUGCCGAGAAUAAUGGAUACAUGGAGCCGUACGAGGCCCAGAAAGUGGUGGCAGAUUUCCAGCGCAAAAGCAACUGGGACGAGCGGCGGGUGAAGAAAUCCCGGAUUGGUUUGCAGCUGUAUGACACUCCUUAUGAAGAGAAGGAAGCGGAGGUGGACCCGGAUGACUUGUCCCUGGAGAAGCCCCGCGAGAGCCGCUUGCCGCAGGACGACGAGCGGCCAGCGGACGAAUACGACCAGCCGUGGGAGUGGAAGAAGAACCACAUCUCUCGCGCUUUUGCAGACAUUAAGGAGACUAAAGUCUUGCCCUGGCCACCACCGGUAGGACAACUCACGGAGAGUGGGGAAACCCUAGAUCCAGAAGUGCAAUUUGAGAGCCCAGAAUGGGAGCGGACCUCUUCGGUGUCUUCCAAAGAGCGUUGGCGCCCACCAAAGCAUCCAGCCGGUGUUUCCAAGUUUGGACGGUCCCAGAGCCCUGAACAGGGCCUUGUGGUGGCCGAGCGGGUUGACCCUUCAUUGCCACUGGAAAACCAAACGUGGUUUCAUGGAACCAUUAGCCGCGCUGACGCCGAGUCCCUCUUGACCCUUUGCAAAGAAGGCAGUUACUUGGUCCGGAACAGUGAAACCAGCCGCAAUGACUUCUCCCUCUCGCUUCGGAGCAGCCAAGGCUUCAUGCACAUGAAGUUCACCCGGACCAAGGAGAACAAGUUCAUCUUGGGCCAAAACAGUGCCCCGUUCGACAGUAUCCCGGAAGUCAUCCACUACUACACAUCCCAGGAGCUGCCGGUCAAAGGGGUGGACCACUUUGCCUUGCUUUAUCCAGUGGCCAUCCAGACUCUGUGACGGGUGCUGUUUUUGGCCUCAGACUUUGCAAAAGUCCGAGAACGGUUUUUGAUCCAAAGAGACUCGGCGCGAUGAUCCUCCAGACCGAGGACAAUCCCUUCCUGUUCCCUCAUUUCCCCCGAUUUCCAAGCAAUAAUGGUGUCAACAUGCUUCCAAACAGCCCAUCUAUCAUCCCAAAUUCCCUUUUUUGAAGUUAUUGCUAUCCUUUCUUCCCCGGUUUGUUGGAAGGCUGACAUAACUUUGCUCGCUGCUGAAUGAUCGUCAGUAAGGUCUUGCAAAGUGUACUGGAGCCUUAUUGCAGAAUGCACAGGAAACACAGCUGGAAAAGACCCCCAAAAGAGCCCCUUCUGCCACAAUCAAAGCCCUCCCGACAGAUGGCCAUCCAACCUCAUAGACAUUAGAAGGUUUGUGGAGAAAUUGGGCAAUAGGGUAAUAAUAAUAAUAAUAAUAAUAAUAAUAAUAAUAAUAAUAUACUUUAUAUUCUCCUCAAUGGGAAUCAGAAUGCAUAUAUGGCAAACAUUCAGUGCUGUUAACAACAACAACACACAGUACACAGACAGAGGCCAAGGCUUCCCCCUUUUCAUCUCCAGCAUCUGGAUGCUGUGCUCAACUCCCGCCAUGAGGAAUUACUCUUUUUCCAUUUUCCAUGCCAAGGAGCCUGUUGUCCAUAGACGCCUUCCUGAUCAAAUUGCCGGUAUAUCUGCAUGGGUGCCUUUUACCUUCCUGCCAAAGCGGUACCUAUUGAUCUACUCACAUUAUUAUUUUCAAACUGCUAGUUAGGCAGGAGCUAGAGCUACCAGCGGGAGCUCACCCCACCUGCGGCUUGAACUACCAGUCUUCCAGUCAGCAAGAUUUUCUGCAGCUGGUGGUUUAACCCACUGUGCUACCAUGUCUCCAUAAGCUCUCCAAGAUACUGAACCCAUGGUUAAGCUCAAAGCAAGUGCUCACUUAGGGAUACCCCAACUGAGCUCCCCAAAGUGAAGAACCCGCUUAGGGAUACCCCAAUGGAGCUCUUCAAAGGGAUUAACAAAAUUAGGAACACCCCAAUGCAGCUCUCCAAAGGGAAAAACCCACUUAGGGAUACCCCAAGUAUGUCUCCAUGGGUGCCUUUUACCUUCGCACCAAAGCGGUACCUAUUGAUCUACCCGCAUUAUUAUUUUCAAACUGCUAGUUAGGCAGGAGCUACAGCUACCAGAGGGAGCUCACCCCACCUGUGGCUUGAACUACCAAUCUUCCAGUCAGCAAGAUUUUCUGCAGCUGGUGGUUUAACCCACUGUGCUACCAUGUCUCCAUAAGCUGUCCAAGAUACUGAACCCAUGGUUAAGCUCAAAGCAAGUGUUCACUUAGGGAUACCCCAAUUGAGCUCCCUAAAGUGAAGAACCCGCUUAGAGAUACCCUAAUGGAGCUCUCCAAAGGGAAAAACCCACUUAGGGAUACCCCAAGUAUGUCUGCAUGGGUGCCUUUUACCUUUCCACCAAAGCGGUACCUAUUGAUCUACUCGCAUUGUUAUUUUCAAACUGCUAGUUAGGCAGGAGCUAGAGCUUCCAGCGGGAGCUCACCCCACCCGCGGCUUGAACUACCAAUCUUCCAGUCAGCAAGAUAUUCUGCAAGCUGGUGGUUUAACCCACUGUGCCCAGUGGAGUUCUCCAAAGUAAAUAACCCACUUAGGGAUAGCGCAGCUGAGCUCCCCAAAGUGAAGAACCCGCUUAGGGAUACCCCAAUGGAGCUCUUCAAAGGGAUUAACAAAAUUAGGAACACCCCAAUGCAGCUCUCCAAAGGGAAAAACCCACUUAGGGAUACCCCAAGUAUGUCUCCAUGGGUGCCUUUUACCUUCGCACCAAAGCGGUACCUAUUGAUCUACCCGCAUUAUUAUUUUCAAACUGCUAGUUAGGCAGGAGCUACAGCUACCAGAGGGAGCUCACCUCACCCGCGGCUUGAACUACCAAUCUUCCAGUCAGCAAGAUAUUCUGCAAGCUGGUGGUUUAACCCACUGUGCCCAGUGGAGUUCUCCAAAGUAAAUAACCCACUUAGGGAUAGCGCAGCUGAGCUCCCCAAAGUGAAGAACACAAUUAGGGACACCCCAAUGCAGCUCUCCAAAGUGAAGAACCCACUUAGAGACACCCCAACGCUGUUCUCCCAAGUGAAGAACACACUUAGGGAUAGUCCAGUGCAGCUCUCCAAAGUGAAGAACCCACUUAGGAACACCCCAAUGGAGGGCUUCAAGUUGACAAACCCGUUUAAGGAUACUCCACUGAAGCUUCCAAAGGUGACAAAGCCGUUUACGAACAUCCCAAUGGUGCUCUCCAAGACCCUGAAGCCUUCGAGGGAUAGCAAUGGCAUUCUUCAAGGUGAUAAACCCAUUUAGGUAGGUAUACCAUAAGGGUGCUUUCCAAGGUGCCCAACUCAUUUGAGGACACCUCAGUUAAGUUCUCGAAGACGAUGAACCAAUUUAGAGAUACCACAAGGAAGCUCUCCAAAAAAAGUUGGGAUACCAGUGGAGCUCACCAAGGCACUGGACCCAUUUAGGGACACUCAAAUGAAACUCUCGAAGGUGCUGAACCCAUUUAGUGACACCCUAAUGGACCUCUCCAAGGUGCUGGAUAUAUAAUGAGGCCAACCCUAAUAAAUAAUAUAAUAAUAUAUACUUUAUUUAUAUUCUGCUCUAUCUCCCUGAGGGGAAUCAUAGCGGAUCACAGAAUACAUAUUGUAUAUGACAAACACUCAAUGCAGUUAUACAAUUAACAACAAAAAAGACAGUACACAGACAGAGGCAAAGGCUUCCAUCUUUUCAUCUCUGAACACAACACAACACUGACUUCUAAAAUGGAGUCUUGGUCUGAAUAGCCCCAGAUCACAUGGUCUGCAGUCCCUCCCACAGCCCCAAACAACAUAGAGUUAAGGGAAAAUUGCAACCAAUAGGGA